AUGGGCGAUUUGACCAAUCGGAGAAAGCACAGAGCACUUCUGAAGGAGUACUUGGCAGCAACUUCUUCUAAAAAGAAGGGGACAUUGUUUGCUGAUGGAGGUUCUUCAAUAAAGCAGCGAAAACUUGAGGACAUCAAAGUAUCUCAGAAGACCAUAGACCUUGCAGUGGUUAACUUUAUUGUCCAGGGUUUGCACCCUUUUGGAGUAGUAGAACAGACUGGGUUUGUUGAUUUAAUACAUUGUACUCAACCUGAUUACACAGUCAUGUCACGUACAACAUUGAGAGAGAGAAUUGAUAAGUGCACAAAGCAUAUGAAAGAAAAAUUGAAGAAUGCAAUGCAGACUGUUAAGUAUAUUGCCACGACUACAGACUGUUGGACCGCUCAUAGGCAAAGUUUCAUUGGGGCUACUGCCCACUGGAUAGAGCCAGAUACCCUAGAAAGAAAGUCUGUGGCUCUGGCUUGUAAAAGGCUGAAAGGGACACAUUCUUAUGAUGUGUUAGCCAGUGCGCUUAAUGAUAUUCAUAGUGAGUAUAACAUCCGUGAAAAAAUUGUUAGGACCACAACAGAUAAUGCCUCAAACUUUAUUAAGGCCUUCCGAGUUUAUGCAUGUGAAGAUGAAGGAAGUUCAAUUACAGAUGAGAGUAAAGGUGUGAAUGACAGUGAAGAGGAGGAUGCAGAAGAGGAGACAGAGGGUGUUGAAGUGGAAGCUUUGAUGGAGGAAGAAGAUGAGUGUUCUGAAUAUCAGCUUCCAAAGCAUCACCGUUGUGCCUGUCAUAUUCUGAAUUUGAUCUCAACCGUAGAUGCUAGAAAAGCUGAAUCAAAUGCUAUGUACAAGAGGAUAUCUCGUGCAGCAUUUGCCAAGUGCUCAGCUCUUUGGAAUAAGAGUUCCCGGUCAUCUACAGCUGCAGAGGUUAUUGAGAGGGAGUGCAAGCUGCAAUUGACCCGUCCAGUUGAGACCAGGUGGAACUCUCUCUUCCUUGCAGUUGAGCGAAUACUGAGGAUAAUUAGGGAAAGUGGAGAAGGAGCAGUCAGAGCAGUGACCAUUGCACUUAAUGUCCCAAUGUUCAGCCCUGCAGAACUUGCUUUCUUGUCUGACUAUGCAUCAACCAUGAGCCCAGUCUCUAAGGCACUCAACAUAUUGCAGGGAGAGGUGGAUGUCCACAUGGGAUGGCUGGUACCCACUAUAACGCUCCUAACUGUGAAGCUGGACCGCCUCCAAACUUCAUCCAAGUUCUGCCAGCCACUGAUCUCUGCUCUUAAGGAAGGAAUACAGCAGCGGUUUGGAAAAAUGAUGAAUGACCCAGAACUCAUAUCUGCUGCAAUUUUACUUCCUAAGUUCCGCACAUCAUGGACAAGCAAUGAAAACUUGCUAGAGUUGGGCAUGGACUACAUCAAGACACACAUGGAGGAAGAGUCAGCCUUAUCAUCACCUGGUAGCCAUUCUGGAUCUGAGGAGGAAGACUUUUUUUGGCCUUAUGAAGGGAAAUGUCCACGAAACCACAAAACAGUUGGAUGCCUAUCUGGCCAACACUUCUACCUCAGUGGACAUACUCAAGUCAGUGCCCGCAGUAUUUAA